UCUCGCCGCCGCCCCCAACGUCCGCGUCGCCGUUCUGCGCCGCCGCCAUGGCCGGCGUGGAGGACGGCGAGGAGCUCUGCGUCCUAUCCUCACACUCCGGCAGUGCCAGCUGCAAGUCGGGGGGCGACAAGAUGUUCUCCCUCAAGAAGUGGAACGCGGUAGCCAUGUGGAGCUGGGACGUUGAGUGCGACACCUGCGCCAUCUGCAGGGUCCAGGUGAUGGAUGCCUGCCUCAGAUGUCAAGCUGAAAACAAACAAGAGGACUGUGUCGUGGUCUGGGGAGAAUGUAAUCACUCCUUUCACAACUGCUGCAUGUCUCUGUGGGUGAAACAGAACAAUCGUUGCCCUCUCUGCCAGCAGGACUGGGUGGUCCAAAGGAUCGGCAAAUGAGAGGUGAGAGGAGGCUUUCCUGGUCUGUGUGGCGACCCUGGAUGAUCUAGCUGUCAAGUUACCGGACAAAAGCUAGAACACUCCAGCGGAUUACGUCUUCAGAUAGAAAGGAUGAUGAAGUCUCUUGAGACUCGUCCAGGGCAUGCUUUACCCUUUUGUUGGUUUUAAUUUUGAGAAUUUUCUACAAUUAAGAUAAUUUAUUAAAAAUGGCCUUUCCUACCUCCAUUGUGUGUGUCAUACAUGCUGCUUAGAAGAGCUAUAAGAAAGAGAACAUCAAAAUAGAACUACCCUUAUCAUUUAUCUGUUGGUACACGAGGGCUGUGAGAGCGUUGCAUUCACAGAAGAGCGUUUGUGUGCCCAUGCCUGGUAAGUUUAAGAAAAGGAUGUUAGAGUAACAAAAUGCAUUUGAAAACCCAGUUCCUACCUUCUGCUCCUAGUACCUUUUGUUGUUGGGAGAGGGGCAACCCGUGGUAUCUGCUGUAAGUGAGGAUUUUGAUUUUGGGUCAGUGGAGACGGUAAAUAAAAUGUAACUUUCAGUA